AUAUUUAUGAUUUGUACAUACACCAUGCUGUAAAAAUGCAUUAACCUUAUGGUACAUUUAUAAAACUCAUGUUAUUUACUAAUUUUUUAUUUUAGGUUAUGAAACAUCGUAUUGAUAACAUACGAAGGAUAUGUCCUCACCCAUUACUACCAGUUUAUUUGACGGGCUCACAAGAUGGUUCAGUACACAUAUGGGAAUGGGGUCAUCCUCAAACUGUUGCUGAACCACGAGCUGCUGGUACUUUUGCUAAAGUCACUAGAGUACGAUUUUCUCAACAUGGCAAUAAAUUUGGUGUAGCAGAUGGUGAUGGAAAUCUAUCAUUAUUUAAUGUUGGUCUCACUUCUUCAAAUUAUCGACCUUUUUAUACAUUCCAAUGCCAUAGUAAAGUUACUAGCGAUUUUGUAUUCCUUGGCUCAUGUAGUUUAAUUGCUACUACGGGACAUUCCUCUGAAAAUAGAAAUGUUGCUUUAUGGGAUACAUUACUUCCACAUAAAAAAUCAUUAGUCACAGGUAUAUUUAUGCAUAUUUUCUUUAAAAAUUAUCAAGUAGUUUAUUGGAGGUAAAAUUUUAAGAACAAA